UCUGUCCCUCGCUCUGCGUCCCUGUCAGUUCCAGCAAUGUUGCCUAGUUUUCUGGUUGCGUGGAAACUAAAAGGCUGCACUGAGCGAGUCCUGAACUGUAGGAGCAUUUUCCAGUGGCGCUUCGUGGUUGCCAGUGCGGCUCUCAGCACAAGUUUAACGAGCUGCAAGAGGACCUGAUGGAAGCGGACCAAAACUGACCGCACCGCCUUUUCGGGAGCGCUCUGAUGUGCUGGAGCUUUUUGUUGGGCACUUGCUGAGAAACACACCAUGAAAGGGAGAGGAAAAGUGGCAAAGACGCUCAACAGCUACUGGGGAGGUUGAUGCGGACUUCACCUCCUGCGCCCAGGUGGUCGUUCCUGGAGCAUGCCCGUACCCCACGAUGUCCCUACUUGCAGACUGGCUACUGCGCCACUCAGUGGUCAUGUGUUUGCUGCUGCACAGCCUGGUACUAAUGACCUUCUGCUUCCACCAUGCUGCCACCAGUUGCUCCAAGAGCUGCUACUGCUCUGAGAGCGAUAGCGGCGGCAAGACGGUGCGCUGCAGCAAUCUGCAGCUCACUGAGAUCCCCCAGGAUAUCCCUAAUGACACACAGCGCGUCUACCUGGACUUCAACCUUUUCACUACAGUCCCAACGAAUGCUUUUGUUGGUUUGCCCCACCUGGUUGAACUGGAUCUAUCACAUAAUGAUUUAAGCCAGUUAGAACCAGGUGCAUUCAGAGGACUGGGAUCCUCACUACAGUUCCUAGAUCUUUCUUCUAACAAGUUAGUAAAUUUUAAUCCUGACGCUUUCGAGGGCCUGCGGGCUCGCGCCAACCUAACAAACAAUCCAUGGCAUUGUGACUGCAACUUGCAGAUGGCUAUGCCCCGUGUGGACCUGGAGCCUGCGUCGCUAACAGGCAUUGUGUGCCAGACUUCAGAUCCUGAGGAAAUAGGAGUUCAAGGACUUGCCUUCCUGUUAGCACCAGACAUAGACCUAUGCGUGGUGAUGAAGAGAACUACAGAUGUGGCCAUGCUGGUCGUCAUGUUCGGCUGGUUCACUAUGGUCAUCUCCUACCUGGUUUACUAUGUCAGGGCUAAUCAGGAGGACGCUCGCAGACACCUGGAGUAUCUCAAGUCAUUGCCCAGCAGGCAGGGCAAGUCAGAGGAGACUUCCACCAUUAGCACUGUAGUAUAGGGGUGAUGGAACUACACAUGGGAUCUGAAGUAGUAACCCACAUCAAACAGGAUGGAGCUACAUCCUUCAGCUACAAGGUCAUCAUCAGUCUCAGAUGGUUUUUCCCAGCUGUUGUCACAGAGUCAUGGUGGGCAACAAGACAUGUGCCUGCACAAGAAAACCAGGCCGACGCAGCCUAACCCACAUGAAUAAUUCAUAUUCCAGCGGCCCAUUAAGAGUUAUUGUUGGCUGAGUUGAUGGUCUAGUCUGCACUCCAAGGAUGUAAAAGUAGUGGCAUCUUUUUGGCGAACUCCAAAUAUGGGAUACAAAUGGGAUUUAUCCAGUGGUGCAUACACUUUUAUGCACCUCGCUCACACGCAGACGAUUCAGAAGGCAACGUCAAAUAGCAGUAUGAACAAUGGGAAAUGGCAACAUAGAAUGAAGGACUCCAUGUACUGUUUUCCAUUAAAACCAUUAUGGUAUU